AUGAGAAUGUCGACUGUCUGGCCUGCCAGCCUAGCCAGACAUAGUCUUGCGGAGGUCGUUGGUCGGAGGCAGCCAGGAGGACAACAUCUCCUCUGUGCAUUUAAUCAAUGCCAAAUCAUAGAAGCCGAUAAUGAGGGUACAGCAUGCGGUCUUAAAAGCACGGUGUCACGACGGCAUGUUGGCGACCCAGGCAGCCCCUUCAAGCAGGCCUUUCUGGAACCUGAUGCUAUCAUGCGGCAAGGCUCGUACACAGACACAAAUCUUGAGUUGGAAAUUUGGGCAAAGAGAAAGUUAACUGGGCUCACAAAUCGUUGUUUUUGGGAUAAAUUUAGCCAGUCGUCAGACCCAAUAGAGCCUUGGCUGCAGCUGAGUUUGCUCAAUAUUAGUCUGGCCGAUUCUAGAUUGGCCAUCUGUCCCGACAUAUCGGUGCACUUGUCGUCCGUCUAUAGCGUGGAGUAUAGAGGUCAGAAAAGAGGAAAAGAUGAGGAAAAGAUGAGGAAAAGAGAGUUUGGGUGGGUGGACUAUUGCUUAUCCCAGAGCGGCAUGGCCACAAGUGCACUCACUCACUCACUCACUUGCUCAUCAACUCACUCCCACACUAAUAUACACACCCGCCCAACGAACUUGGAGCUCUAA